AAAAGUUCAUCGCGCAACCUUCCACUCCGCCUUUCAGUCCGGAUUGAAAUUGCCAAUGCGCGGUUCACUGUUGACGAAAACGCAGACAGAAACAUCUCCAAACUGUCGGGUCAGACCAGGACAAAGAGACCGACGACCACGAGCGACAACAACGAUUGAAUUCAGUAGUCACAACAAUGGCAGACGGCGAGAAAACUAAUGAGGCUGCAGCUAAUGGAGACCAGCAGAAUGUUGUUUCGCGAGUAAGCAACCUGCCGCUGGUGAGUUCGGCUUGCGGUGCGGUCUGCAACGCCUACACGAGCACCAAAGACAGCGUGCCCAUGCUGAAGGGAGUGAUGGAUGCGGCCGAAAGUGGCGUCCGAACUCUUGGAGCGGCUGCCGCCACGGGAUCCAAGCCUCUUUUGAACAUUAUUGAACCGCAGCUGGCGACGGUGAAUGAAUACGCCAUGAAAGGUUUGGACAAGAUGGAGGAGAAGCUGCCUAUUCUUCAGCAGCCGGCAGAAAAGGUGGUGUCGAACACGGUCGGAAUUGUGCGCCAGUCGGUGACGGGCGCCAAAGACGCCGUGGUCGGGGCCGUGAUGGGCGGCGUGGAGAAGACGCGGGCGGCCGUCAGCGGAGGCAUCAGCACCGUGAUGGGCACCAGCGUGGGCCAGAUGGUCAGCAGCGGCGUGGGCCUGGCCCUCACCCGCUCCGAAGACUGGGUGGAGCAAAACCUGCCGCUCACUGAGAGAGAGCUGGCUGCUGUGGCUGAGCCUGCCACUUACCAGGUGUCGUCAAGCAGCCCCAGCUACUUCGUCCGUCUGGGGAACCUCUCGGCCAAAGUGCAGGAGCGAGCCCUCCAGCAAUCCCUGCUCCGCGCGCAGCAAGCCAGAGACACCGCACGCGCCGCGGUGGCCCAGAUGACCAGUACGCUGGACCUGCUGGAGAGCGCCCGCACCAGUAUGGCUUCAGGCGGCCAACAGAUAGGUGGCGCAAUAGAGCAGCUGCAGCAGCGUUGGACUGAGUGGAGCCAGAAGCAACCUGGAGGCGGACAGGCGGCCUCCGAUGGGAGCCAGGAUGAGGCGGAGCGUUUGGAGUGGCGUGUGCUCUCCAUGGCGCGGGGCCUGAGCGAGCAGCUGCGUUCGGCGAGCGCCAACGUGGUGUCGAGCGCUCAGGGUCUGCCGGGAGCCGUGCAGGAGCAGCUGACCGGAGCCAGACGCUCGGCCGACGAGCUGCAAGCCUCUCUGGUGGACGCCGGCGCCAUCACGCCUCUCCUCCUGGAGAGGAGCCGUCACCACUUGACCCAAGUUCAACAGUCUCUGGAUGGCGUCACGGAGUACUUGCUCAACAACACGCCGCUCAACUGGCUGGUGGGACCCUUUGCCCCGAUGAUCACGGAGAGGAUGGCGGGAGACACGCAGACGGCCGGCCAAAAGUCAAACGCUUUUUAGUCAACUGUUUGCCUUUCUAAUAAUUGGGAUGUGCCUAACGAAAAACGAGUAAAAUGUUUAGAAUUGCCUUAUUAAUAGUUAAAUCCCAAAAUAAUCCACACUGAUUCCCCACCAAAAAAAAUCUCUUUGCCAACUUUACCCUUAAAAAUCAAUUCCUUAGAUGAUUUGAUUUGGGGAAGAAAAAGUUUCAGCAAGGAAUGGAAGGAUGGCAAUGGACAAUAAAACUAUGUCAUAUUAUGUCACUUAUCUGACGCACAGUAAUUAGCGGAACACUUGUGUGUGUGUGACAUUGCAAAAUCACAUACAUCCAAAGGAAAAUUUUAAGUGACUUAUAAUCAUACUGAUGUGUGCAACGUUGGAUCACUUUGUAAUAAUUCCGCCACUGCUCCAUUUUCACGAUGACUGACUCAGAUGAGGACAUCGUGGCUUGGGUUCACCCAACUCCAAAUAACAUUUCAUUUCAUGUCUUUGCAAUGCAAUGAAUUUAGUGAAUUCUUAUUAAUGGCCGCGCACUUUAUUAUUGAAUAUUUUCGAAGCUUGAUUUUUCUGCCUUAACGGUUUUAAGUUGGCAUAAGCACACUUUUGGAACCCUUUGUUCUCGUGCCGUUUGAGUUUCAGUGUUCUGUGCAAGAUGAUGUGAAUAAAAGUCGGUCACGGA